GCGCCCGUCCGCGCCCCCGCCCUGCCCCGGCCCCGGCCCCGGCCCCGGGGGCAGUCGCGCCAGCAAGCGGUGGGGCAGGAGUUCCUGGAGUGGUAGCCCCUGGAGAAGCGAUGACAGAAUACAAGCUUGUGGUGGUGGGCGCAGGAGGCGUGGGAAAGAGUGCCCUGACUAUCCAGCUGAUCCAGAACCAUUUUGUGGACGAGUAUGACCCCACCAUAGAGGACUCCUAUCGGAAACAGGUGGUCAUUGAUGGGGAGACAUGUCUGCUGGACAUCUUAGACACAGCAGGUCAGGAAGAGUACAGUGCCAUGCGGGACCAGUACAUGCGCACAGGGGAGGGCUUCCUCUGUGUGUUUGCCAUCAACAACACCAAGUCCUUUGAAGAUAUCCAUCAGUACAGGGAGCAGAUCAAGCGGGUGAAGGACUCAGACGAUGUGCCAAUGGUGCUGGUGGGGAACAAGUGUGACUUGGCCGCUCGCACAGUUGAGUCUAGGCAGGCCCAGGACCUUGCUCGCAGCUAUGGCAUCCCCUACAUUGAGACAUCAGCUAAGACCCGGCAGGGUGUGGAGGAUGCUUUCUACACGCUAGUACGUGAGAUUCGGCAGCAUAAACUGAGGAAGUUGAACCCACCUGAUGAGAGUGGCCCUGGGUGCAUGAGCUGCAAGUGUGUACUGUCCUGACACCAGGCUUAGGACGUGGAGGUGCCGGAUGCAGGGAGGAGGUGCAGACGGAAGGAAGGAAAGAGGAGGGAAGGAAGGAAACAAUGCUGGAGCCGGGCCAAUCCAGGGAUGGUGGACAGAUGUGACCAAGACCUUCGCAUGGACAAUUUGAACAGACUGUUAUGAACUGUCCCUUUUGCCAUGGGCACCCCAGUCCUCGACCCCUCUCAGUUCCCUCCGGGCGCCUGUGGGGCACAGGUUGAAUCACAGUAAAUUAUUUGAUGGUCUUGA